AUGAACGUGAUAGCGACGAAUGAUAUGGAUGAGAUCUAUGAGGAUCCUGAGUAUGGUGAGAUGGGAGAAUUCGAGGAGUUAUCGGUUGAGGAUGAUGAGAGUGAGGAGACGGAUGAUACGGCAGCAAGUGUGGAGGCAGCAGUGAAGCAGAAAGAGGAGAUAGUCGCCAUGGAGGCAGCAGCAGUGAAUGGUGGAGAUGGAGUUGGUGGAUCAAAUGUGAAAGCAACUGCAAAGGGGCGAGUGCUUACGAAGGAGGAACACGUUGAAGGGUACAAGACCCGAGAAAUGUUGGGUGUUGAGAUGCCGAGGAGAAGCGAGAGGCUUAAGGAUAUCUAUCAAGGUUUGGACGUCAAGGCGCUCAACUUCACGACACGUAAGCAGAGGUUCAAGGUGCAGGAGCUGCAGGGGAGCGUGAAGCAGACUUAG